AUAUAUCUUCUUGAUCUUGUGGGAUCAAUUCAAACUAACACAGUGGAUCAUAUAAAGAAUGGGAAGAGGGCCUUUCCUCUUGAUGGAUCGGAGGAGAAAGAGGAAGAGGGUGGCCAGGAUCAAGUAGGGUUCUUCCCAGCGGCUCCGUUUUGGUCAUCAGCAUCCUCAGCUCGAUCUCAACAAGAGAUGGCUGCGAUGGUCUCUGUUCUAUCUCAAGUUAUUAGUGGAGACAGUAGUUCUGAUUGUACUGACCAAAACCCUGCACUGCUUCAGCUUCCCCAACAGUCCGGCGCCGCCAUAUCAGAACAUGAUCAAUCCCAUCAACAAGCGCCGGAGCAAGGGACUCAAGGGAGUGUGAGGAGGAGACACUAUAGAGGAGUGAGGCAGAGACCAUGGGGGAAAUGGGCGGCAGAGAUUCGUGAUCCAAAGAAGGCAGCCCGGGUUUGGCUUGGAACUUUUGAAACGGCGGAGGCUGCUGCACUUGCCUAUGAUGAAGCAGCUCUCAAAUUCAAAGGAAGCAAAGCUAAGCUUAACUUCCCGGAAAGGGUUCAAGGGACAAAUGAAUUUGGCGGUUACCUCACUACUCAAACAGUUGCCCAUCAGCCUCUCAUCUCUGAUUAUCAUCAUCAACAAAUGGGAUACCCGAAUAAUAUCACAACGACUGAUCAAUAUUAUCCUCAGUUCUAUGGGAACUUAAACCAUGGUCAGACAGAUCAAAGAUUUUACUACCAGCCUACUACGUCUUCAAUUCGACCUUUCAUACCAAUAUCUCAAGCACAAGAAGAAGAUCAACAACACCAGCCCUUCAGCUUUCCCACGUCGGCUUUUGGUUCAUCUUCUUCCAGUUUGGAUCCUCAAUAUCCGCAGAAUGAUACUACAAGAAAAUUUUGAUAUUGGUCAUAAUAGAGGAUAGUAUCCGCAGAGAGAGUCAGAAUCAAGUCAUCGAUCAACCUUGGAGUCGAUUUUCUUAACUAU